GCAGCCUUUCACCACAGUGCUAAGUGACGCCGCAGUGAACACAAGGCAGGCAGCAACUCGCAACACAGCAGCACUCCCUCGCUGACUGACGUUGACUCCAGGAUAACUCGGCCCCUGAAUGACAAACGGUCGGACCCAAGAAACGUUUGCGUCUGAUUCAGUCGCCAGGUGUCUGAAUGAACCCGAUAAGUUUUAGACAGCAAGGGGUUGACAUGGAGCCGCGCGGACAGUCCUACCCGGGCACAGGCAGGGGUCAAACGCUCCUUGUUGAGCUUGUAAGGCCGAAGAGGUCGCCAGUACACCGCUUGACACUACCCGAGCAGCAGCAGGAGGACCAGCAACGACUCAGUGCAGACUCUGACUCGGACGGACUGAAACUUGGCUCUUAGUGAACGGGAGGCAGACGAGAGGAGUUAUCAGGCAGCCCUUUCAUCCCCCGGCAACAAGAGCAGACUACAACCAGAGCAAACCCCCUACGUUAGCGCCCCUCCCUCCCCGGCACCAUGCAGGUCAAAUCCACAUCGCCCAUGGUCGUGGUGGCUAACAGGCUCCCCUUCUGUCUGGGCACCGACCCUGACACCGGCAAACUCAUCAGGAAACAAUGCGCGGGCGGGUUGGUGACAGCCGUGGCCCCCGUGGUGGUGGAGACGAACGGGCUCUGGGUGGGCUGGUCGGGUCUCCACCUUGAGGACGAGAACUUGGAGAUCCCCGAGGCCGACCCCAACGACCAGUCUCCCACCGCGGGCCUCAAGAGCAGCCAGGUGCUGCCCGUCACAGUCCCCAAGAAGGUGUUCAGUGACUACUACAACGGCUGCUGCAACGCGACCUUCUGGCCACUCUUCCACUCCAUGCCCGAUCGCGCCACCUUCGAGGCCGACAAAUGGGAGGCGUACCGUCUGGUGAACCAAGAGUUCGCGCGACUGACCGUGGAGGCCGUGGUGAGGCUGCACGAGAGCAACCCAGGCACCGUGCCGCUGGUGUGGCUGCACGACUACCACAUGAUGCUAGCCGCCAACACCAUCAGGGAAAGGUGCGACGAGCUCAACCUGCCCAUCAAGAUGGCCUUCUUCCUGCACAUUCCCUUCCCGUCAUGGGACAUCAUGAGACUCUUCCCCUGGGACGACGAGCUCCUCCAGGGCAUCCUCGGCUGUGACUCCAUCGGUUUCCACAUCGAGGAUUACUGCCUCAACUUCAUUGACUGCUGCCAGCGCCGCCUCGGCUGCCGCGUCGACAGACAACAGAUGUUGGUAGAGCACAACUCCCGCACAGUCUCCAUUAACCCGCUGCCCAUCAGCAUCCCCUACGAGCGCUUCGUCCAGCUGGCAGAGAAGGCUCCCAAGGUGGUGAAGAACAACCCACAGGAACAGCUGCUGCUGGGCGUGGACCGCCUCGACUACACGAAGGGUCUCGUCCACCGUAUCCGCGCAUUUGAAACGCUCCUGGAAAAGCACCCCGAGCUGAAGGAGAAAGUCACCUUCCUCCAGGUCGCUGUUCCUUCACGCACAGACGUCAAGGAGUACCAGGAACUGAAGGAGGAGCUCGACCAGCUCAUCGGCAGGAUCAACGGACAGUUUUCAACGCCUAACUGGUCCCCAAUACGAUACAUCUACGGCUGUGUGUCGCAGGACCAGUUGGCUGCCUUCUACCGCGACUCCUCCGUGGCAGUGGUGACCCCACUAAGGGACGGCAUGAAUCUGGUGGCUAAGGAGUUCGUGGCCUGCCAGACAGGGGAUCCCGGCGUGCUCCUGCUUUCUCCCUUCGCUGGCGCCGGCAACUCCAUGCACGAAGCCCUUCACGUCAAUCCAUACGAGACCAACGAGUUCGCCGACACAAUCUACCGCGCCCUUACAAUGCCCAAGGACGAACGGGAGAUGAGAAUGAAGCAGUUGCGUCGCCGAGAGAGGGAACAUGACGUCAACUUCUGGUUGAGAAAUUUCUUGAAAACAGUCGACUGCCUGAGUGACCAGGACAAAUCUGCGAUACCAGGCCGCUUCCCGAUGGGCGAGGAGGACUUCAGCGAGUUCCUUGGCUCCUACGUGACGGAAUCCACACGUCUGGCGCUACUACUUGACUACGACGGAACCCUCGCCCCCAUCGCCCCCCACCCAGACCUGGCCCAGAUGCCCCCUGAGACUCGCCGCGUGCUGGAGCGGCUGGCACACAUGCCCGACGUCAACAUCGCCAUCAUCUCCGGCCGCUCCCUGGAAAACGUCAAGUCCAUGGUUGGCAUCGAGGGCAUCACCUACGCCGGUAACCACGGCUUCGACAUUGUUCACCCCGAUGGCACCAUGUUCAUGCACCCCGUCCCGCACGAGUACGAGACGCAGCUGGAGCUGUUGAAACAGCGGCUGCAGGAGGUGUGUGUGGACGGCGCCUGGCUGGAGAAUAAAGGCUCCUGCAUCGCCUUCCACUACCGGGAAGUUCCCUCAAACAAGACUGCGGCCAUCACCUCAAGGGCGCAAGAGCUCUUCCAGGAAGUGGGAAUCAAAAUGCACCAGUCACACAGAGCCUUCGAGGCCCGGCCCCCGGUCACCUGGAACAAGGGUCGCGCCGCCAUCUACAUCCUCAGGACACUCUUCGGUCUGGAUUGGUGUGAUCGCGUGUCCACAAUCUUCGCCGGUGACGACAAGACAGACGAGGACGCCAUGCGGGCGCUGCAGGGCAUGGCCGUCACCUUCAGAAUCACGAGGUCACAAAACCUGCGGUCAGCCGCGACGCAUCGCCUUCCCUCCACAGACGCAGUGCUCUCCAUGCUCAAGUGGAUCGAGCGGCGGCUGGGGUCCCGCCUGCCCACCAUACCCAACGGUAUCAGGUCACGCACGGCCAGCAUGUCCAGCAACUCAGGCGGCAGCAGCAGGUCCGCAGGCAAUAGGUCUCCCGGCAACAGGUCUCCAGGCAACAAGUCUCCUCCCAACUCCCCCAGAUCUCUCUCUCGCUCCAGCUCCCUCCAGAGCCCUGAGCCCAACAAGCAGGUGAUGAUGAUCAACGAGCUUGAGUACCAACAGUAUCUGGCCAAGCACAGCCCCGCGAGGCCCUCCAGCACCUCGCCACCACGCUCCCCCUCCCGCUCCACCGUCUGAGCCCCUUGCUCAAGAGACCACUUCGUUGGCUCUCAAGUGGGCGUCUGACCACGCUCGCACUCACUAUUGGGCCGCCGGAACAAGCCAGUUCCGGCCAGUUCCGGCUUCGUGCCCGCCUCGCCUAGUCGGGAUCUUGUACAAAUUCUUCCAGAAAGGGAUCACUUUUUUUAUAUUUGUUUAGUGUGUAUAGUCAGUGCCAACCUCGCCACAGAUGCAUAUCGCCAUGAUUUGUAAAGUGUUACCAAUUAGCGGACCUUCAUUACUCGUUUUCACACUUGUCUGUCCUCACGAGCAGGCCGAGGACGAGUGGCUGUGGCCCUGGCGUCGCCUCGCUCUCUGGCACGCGACUGGCGGCCCUGGAGGCCCCGAGGCACUGCAGGGCAUCACACGUGUUCUUUGCUAUGCUUUCCUUGUUGAUGAAUAUAUUUUGAUUAUUAUAUAAUAAAGUGAUAAUAUGAUAA